AUGGCAGAGCCGUUGAGUACCGCCGCCAGUAUUAUCGCAGUGAUUCAAAUCACUAGUCGAGUGGCCACUCUGUGCUAUGAUUACCGCGCUGGUCUCCAAAGUCACUCACGCGAUAUCAAGCAGGUUACAGAAGAGAUAACGAGCCUCCGCGAUGUUUUAGAAUCAAUUCUUAAGCUCGUCGACGAUGAACGAGAGACUAGUGGACUUUCGACGCUGAAAAUUCUGACGAAGCCUGAUGGGCCACUGUCAAGCUGCAAAGUACAGAUGUUGCUUCUCGAAAAAGACUUGUCGCCUGGUACUGGGCUUAGGGCUGUUGCCAGGACUCUCAGAUGGCCAUAUGCUAGAGGCGAAGUUGAUAAGAAGGUCCAAGAGUUGGGUCGACUCAAGAGUUCGUUAACGCUAGCAAUGGCCACUGAUCAAACCACUAUCGCUUUGUCGAUGCAAAAAGACACAAAGCACAUCAAACUUCAAACAGAUGUCCUUGCCAAAACCCUGGAAAGCAGAUACAAUCAGGAGGAAUACAGAAGGUUUAAAAUAAUGUUAAAUGCCCCUGAUCCGACCGUCAACUACCAGACAGCAAGAGAUCGACGAGAUACUGGUUCAGGGGAGUGGCUGGUCAGAGAUCAACGAUAUACGAAAUGGAAGCAUGCAUCUGAAUCGUUACUAUGGAUUCACGGCAUUCCUGGCUGUGGGAAAACAUUCCUCGCUUCUCGCAUCAUUGAAGACAUGACGAGCCACUGCUCAACCCUCGAGGGAGCAGCUCUUGCUUACUUCUUUUUCGACUUUUCAGCUCCUGAUAAGCAAACUUAUGAAAGUUUCGUGAGGUCUAUUGUUAUGCAGAUAUCUAUUCAAUCAUCUUCUGCGUGGAACAUAUUAACACAAUUUAGCGAAUUUUUCGAAGGAGGGCGUCAAUAUAAUGAAUCUAACUGGACCGUAUCAAUGAGUUUUCUGCUCAAUCUACUGGACAGAUAUGUCAAUUCUUACAACAAGAUAUACCUUGUUCUUGACGCCCUAGACGAAUCAAUCAAUCAGGACAUGGUAUUGGAAUUUCUCUUGGGCCUGCUGGCAAAUCACACUGGAAAAAUAAACAUCAUCUUUACUUCCCGACAAGAAAGGAACAUUCAACAAGCAUUGGAGGUCUCUACUGCUGAGAUUAUUGCCGUGACAGCUGACACGGUAGACCAUGACGUAAAGCUUCAUAUCCAGAAAAGAAUUGCUCUAGAACGGGGACUUCAGAAAUUCCCACAAGCUUUACGUGACGAGAUUGAACGAUCCUUAAGUAUAAAGGCCUCUGGAAUGUUUCGAUGGGUGGAUUGUCAACUCGACCGAAUUCAAAAAUGUCCGAAGCCAGGCGUGGUCAAAGUCAUUCUGGCAUCCUUACCAAAAACAUUGGAAGAUACAUACGCUAACAUAAUUUCUCGUAUCGAUCCUAUGUAUCUCAACGAUACAUUGACAAUCUUUCAGUUGCUUAUCUACAGCAAAAGUAUCCUCACGCUCGACGAGAUUGCGGAAGUAUUGGCUAUUGACUUUUCUGAAGAACCAGUAUUUUCGCCCGACCUUCGGUUUGUGGAUGCUCGAGACAUAUUAUCUGUCUGUUCAUCCACGAUUGCGAUUACAGAGUCGAAAUUUGCGACGACUAAGUCUGAAGUCCGUCUUGCGCAUGCCUCCGUCAAAGAUUUCCUUGUUGGGGGCGGAGCAUCUUUUGCCCAUGCAAGUAAAGACGACUUCAAUCCAUGCGUCGCACACGAAAAGAUUGCCCGUGCUUGCAUGGCAUAUCUCCUAUAUCUGGGCUCCACCAAGGUAGAACUUUCUACAAUUGAACGGGAUUACCCCUUUGCGAAAUAUGCGGCGCAAAAUUGGGCCUUACAUGCCAAACAAGGGGAGGAUUCCACAAGGAUUUGGGAAACUGCCACGAUCUUGCUGAAUCGAAAUAAACCUUGGUAUGAGACACUACUCCUUCUCCAUGAUGUUGAUCGGCCAUGGCGAUGCGCUGUGAACAAGUAUGAAAUGCCAAAUUCUUCUUGGCGUCGAAGGAGAGCGCCAGCCUCAAUUAAACCUCUGGCUCCACUAUACUAUGCCAGCUUGGUAGGCUUUGAUCACGUUGUUCGGUCAAUGCUUGAUGAAGACGUUGACGUUAACGAACGCGGGGGUUUUUUCGGGGAUGCCCUAUCUGCGGCGGCAGCACAGGGGCACCUUGAGGUUGUGAAGCUUUUGAUCAAAAACGGUGCGGAUGUAGACUCUGACCAAGGGUUUCAACGCGGCCCUCUGAUGGCAGCUGCAGCGGCCGGGCAUAAGCAAGUUGUUGAACAGCUACUAGAGGCAGGAGCAGAUUACUCGAGAGGUCACUACCGUCUUGGUUCGGUAUUAGUCGUCGCUAUUCGAAAUGGACACGAAGAUGUCGUCCAAUUACUUAUCGACAACGGCACAGAUCCCUCCCGCCGUGUAGGAAAAGGCCAGCUUCCAACAUAUUACGCGGUUACUUACGGAUAUCCUAACAUUCUCAAAAUUUUACUUAGCUCUGGUGCGAAGUAUGAGAGAAGCUUGCUGGACGACGCGGCUACCAAUCACAACGAGCGGGCCAUUGCCAUCCUGAAGGAGCACUCAGUAAGACAUGUUGACAGUUACCCCCUUGCCAUAGGAGGAUUAAAUCUUUCUUCUUCCCAAAACAAGACACAGGAUUCAACCGAUUCGGAUCAACCUUCACUUCAGAGCGCUGCAGCCGGUGGUCUUGAAGCUACAGUUGAGCAGCUUCUCAACUCUGGCGUUGACGUUGAUGCAACCCACGAGUUUGGUUACUCUACUGCCUUGAGCGCGGCGGCUGCUUCAGGCCAUGUCUCAAUCGUCAAGUUACUUCUACGGCAUGGCGCUGAUGUUAACGUCAAACCUAAGUACGGGACCAAAGCAAUGAAUGCAGCAUUAGGCUGUGGGCACCUUGAAAUCGUGCAAAUCCUUCUCUCGGCCCUAUCGACUGCUAACAUAACGGUCAACGAUGAUGAAUAUGGACAUUUGCUAAAGGAUGCUGUCACUUCGGGAAGUCUAGCGAUUUUGGAGGAAAUCCUAGCUCUUCGAAUGGACGUAAACAUGACGCACGCUGCGAUUCUCACACGCCGGGGCAAUACUGCUCUUGGAGCUGCCGCAUGUAUUGGCCACCAAGAUAUGGUGGAACUUCUCUUAAGUCGUGGAGCCGAUGUGAACCUUCGCACAGAAGGCAUGUACGCGUAUGAGGGAGCUACAGCAUUGAGUUGUGCCGCGUACUGCGGACAUAUAGAUAUCGCUAAACGCCUUUUAGAUGCCGGUGCGGAUAUAAAACUGACGAGAGAUGGGGGUGGAGCAACACCUUUGCGCAACGCAGUCGGACAGCAUCAAUUGGCAAUGAUUGAACUUUUACUUGCAGUAGAUAGCACUACGGAUUUCGACGGACACGCUCUUCAAGUAGCAGCCAGAGCUCCACUACAUAAGAUUGAUGCUCUUCAAAUGAUUCUGAAACGUUAUUCUGAGCUGGACAUGGCUUACAAGACCGCAGAACCUGAAGCGAAGACCACUCUCUUUGAGAUAAUGCAAACUGCAUUGCUGACUGCGGCAAGUUCAGAUUGCGUGCAUUCGAUCCAAGAACUAAUGAAGUACGGAGCUGAUAUCAACUGGCAAGAUGAUAGAGGUUAUACUGCUCUCUACGAAGCCGCUGAAAAGAAUUGCGUGGCGACGGCCAAGUUUUUGAUCGAAGAUUGCAAAGCAGGCCUUCACUCCAAACUUCUGAAUGGCAGUCUCCCCAUCCAUAUCGCCGCUCAAUACGGCAGUGUUGAAUGCCUCGAGUACCUUUUGGAGCUGAAUGAAGACAUAAAUGCGGUCAACGACGAAAAUAGAACCCCCCUUCAUGCAGCGAUUGACGACGAACGCGAGGAUACCGUAAAAAUCCUGAUAGAGAAGGGGGCAAGAGUGGAUAUAGCAGACGUGGAUGACAUGACUGCGCUUGAUCUUGCGGAGUAUAGGCAAGCAGAGAAAAGUAAGGGCGAAAUGGGCUAUUACUAUGGGGAAAGGCCGAAGAGAAUUUUGGAGAUUGUCAAAGGAGUGAAGGUGGAAGAGGUUGUUGGUGUGACAGUAGUGUGA